AUGUCAGAAAUAAAAGGAUAAAGUGCUCCAUUUACUCCAUAAGCUGAAAGCUAACAAACUUAUGCUUAGAAUUCUUAAUCUCCCUUCUAAUAUGAUUGGGUUGAUGUUGUAAGGUAAUAAAAUUCAAGGCUAAUUUAAAAUGAGGAGCGACAAAAAUAGCUUUAAUAAAUAAGAAAGUAGAAAUACAGAGAGAUUUUAGAGCAGGAAAUAAAUGAAAAAGAAGUAAAAAAAAAUAUAGUAAAGGAUAUAAAAAAACAGGAAUAUGAAGAAAUUGAGAAAAAUAUUUCAAUUGUAGACAAAUACGACUAAGAAAAAAAGAUCCAAAAGAGGCUUAUUGAAAGAUAGAUUUAAGAAUAAAAUAAAUAAUUAACAUAGGAAAAAAAGUAGAAUGAAAAAUAGGUUAAGAAUCUACAAAUAGAAUAAACUUAAAACUCUUACUCAAUAAAUAACUUAAAUAUUUAAAAAUAAGCCUAAGAUGAAAUAUAAUAAAAAAUACAAAGGCAAAAAGAUUUUUUGAAAGAGCUUGAAAACCAAAAAAAAUAAAACUAGGCAAUAAAGGAUGCUCAAAAAAUGAAUUUAUAGUAAGAAGAUAGGAUUUUCGUAGAUUAAUUAGCAUCUUAAGAUCAUUAACAAAAAGAUAAUUAUAGGAAUGGGUUUUUCGAGAGUAAGCCAAAUGUAUUCUAGUAAAUAGAUUAGGCAUACAGAGAGAAGGAGCAAAAAAUAAUAGAUUUUGAAAAUCAUCAUGUAAAAUAAGGAUAUCAACAAUAAAUUGAAAAAGAAAAGAAAAUGCAAGAUUUAAUUAAAUAAGAGAAGAAAUAGCUUUAAAAUUAAGUUGACUCCAUUGUUAAUAAUUAGCUUUAAUAUAAAAAAUAAGUUUAGGUUUACAAUAACAACAACAAAAAUGAAGAAAGAAGUCAAAUUGAUUAAAAUUAUAUGAACUUUAAAAAUGCAGAGAUCCAAAGAAAGAAUAAUCAGAGAGAGCUGUAUGCGAGAUAAAAUGUUAUAAAUUAACAGCAACAAUAACUCAAAAGUUAAAUAAAAGAAAGAUAAAAGCAUAUGAACGAAAAUGAAAUAAAGAUAAACAUAGACAAACUACCUGAAAGUCCUAUCAUACCGUAGAGUGCAACUAAUUUUACUUAAGAAAGAAGUUCAAAUCAACCAAACUAAACCAAAUCGAACCUAAUUUAUAUGGGUGACUAUGUUUCUUUUGACAGACAAAAAUAGCUUCAGCAAGUGGAUAAAGAUUUAUUAGAGAAACAGCCUGCCUAGUAAGAGUUAUAUAAAAGGACAGUUAUAAAUAAAUCAAUGAAUUCUCUUCCCUAAUUAAAUGAUUCUCUCUAAUAUAACCAAUUUCCUAAAACAUUAUCUCCAGACUCUUAUUAAAACUAAUAAAUAAGUAAUAGAUCCAAUAAUAAAAACAGCUAUGAUCUUUAUUUACAGUAAACUAAAUUUCCUAAAAAUCAUGCUUUUACAAGUAACAAAUCUCCUCCUUUGCUAACGAACACUUUACCUCAUUACCAAAAUAACUAUCCCCCAAAAAACAUAGAUAAUAGCUAGUAAUUUAGCUAAACCCUUGACUAUAAUUAAAACUAUAGACAAUCAAGCUCACCUUAACUAAAAUAUCAGCCAAAUCAGUAGUAUUAGAUAGAAACAAAAAAUAUUCAGCCUAAUUUAUAAUAUCCCAGUUAGAAUAACUAAUAGGAAAAUUAAUUUGUAUCUCAAAAUAAAGAUUAAAAUAAAAAUAUGGAAGAUUAAAUUGAAAAGCUAUAAUAAUCUUAGUAACAGCAGCAAUAUUUAUAAAAUAAAUAGAUUCAAUCUCAAAUUAAAAAUCUAGAUUAAAACUCUUCAAACUAUCAACCAAACAUCAACAGUAAUGCAAAUAAUAGAGUGCAAAGCUAAAGUUAAAUGAAAUAAGCAAUGUCUCCAAAUAAUUACUAUCAGAAUUUUAAUUACAAUGUAUAAUCUAAUAGCAACUUAAAUAGCCAGCCUUUACAUAGUUAGAGUACUCAUCAAUAAGUGGUAUAAGUACCUAUAAGUAAUACAGCCAAUUAAAUACCAAAUUCAAGAAGCAAUAAGAAAGAAUUUAAUAUUAAAUCCAUAUAAUACAAUGCUCCAAUAAAUGAUUAGAUCCCUAAAACAACAAACAAUUAUGCUUCCUCUGAUAAUCUAAUUAGAGUUUAUAGAAGCCCUUAAAAUAUGCAAUUAUCUAGUAAUAAUUAGUAAUAGAAUUACCAUAUUCCCUAAUAGACUAGAAAUUAAAAUAUCUCUAAUUCAUCUCUAAAUUAACCAACUUAUAGCAACCAUAGGUCUGGUACAAAUACUGGUAUGAGCAACAGUAUGAAUUUUAUAGAUCAUAGAUCAAAUAUUUUAUCAUCCUAAAGAUAAGAUUAUAAUUAAAUUAGGUAAAGUAAUGCUAAUUGGGCAUAAAGAGGUUUCAACAUUAUCACUGGUGCCACAUGA